AUACGCUAAUAACAGCUUAAAAAUAUUUUGUAAUUUUAGCUGAAAAAAGUUGCCAAAACGAAAAAUAAAGUGUGGCAUAACAAACAAUUCAACACAGAAAAUGAGCGGUUUUCAUCCCCGAGAUUUAAUUAAUGCCAUCAAAAUAAGACCAGGCAUUUACAACAGAGAUCUAUUGGAAACACCACCGCGCGAGCACAAACGUCGUCUAUGGCUAGAAGUGGCUGAGCAUUUGACACCCGAUGAAGACUGGGAAAGCUAUACGGAUGUGGAAAAAGAAGCCCGGGUGGAUGAAAUUUCCACCAAAUGGAAACACAUGAAGGACCAUUUCUAUCGUGAAAUUAAACUGCAGGAAGCCGGCGAGGCUCAUAAAAAGCGUAAAUAUAUUUACUUUGACGAUAUGGAAUUUAUGCGGCCAUUUGUGGGCUACAAAUUGCCGCCCAUAAACAAACGCAUCAACAAGUCCAGAGAGUCUGAGGAUUUCACACAGGAUUUUGUGGGCAAUGACACAGAUCUUGAUAUGGAUGUUUUUCUGAAGACCAGUGAUAAUGGGGAAGCGAAUAACAGUUCAGGCCAAGAAAGGCGCACUCAAUUGAAACGUGCCGUAAAGUCCACACCCAAGGUCUUGCCAAAUAAAUCUGGUAACAAGAAUUCUAAUACCACCAAGAAAACGACUGAAACUACAACAAAUCCCACUUUUAAAAUACGUGAUGGUGACAUCUCAUUUUGCCUCUCGCUAGUGCCUACUCUGCGUAAACUGGGCGAUGGCCGGAAAUUAAGAGCCAAAAUAGAAAUUCUUAAAGUUUUGCACCGGUAUGUAGAGCACAUUGAACGCCGCAAUUUGGUUAACCGUGCUGGUGCAGCCAAUCACAAAAAUAAAAGCCAUCAAAAUGCAGACAAUGAGGAUGACAUGGACGAGGAUCAUUUGGAGGAGUACGAAGAGGGUGUGAAUGUUAAACAUGAACAACAUGAUGAUCCGCUGAAUGGUAGCGAGGGCAACACCAAAACCUGGUGGACUUAAUCUAGGCAAAGGAAAAGUGACAAAUUAAACAAACAAUAUGUUUAAGAAACUGGAAAUAAAUUACAAUUUAAGGUAAUUUAAGCGAGUUAGUAAUAGAAAAUACCAAAAAAAAAGAAACAAAAGGUCUAUAACAAGGCGAAUUUAUACAACUAUAUAAAUUUGUCUUGGUCUAUACGCCUCGAACCAGAUUUUUUUUUAGGAUAGUAACAAGACGAAUUAAUAUUAAGUCGUCCUGGAUAGUAGUUAUUUGUUAAAUUUAAAGUUGAAAGAAAUAAACCGAAAAAAGAAAAUUA